AGUGCUUGUGUUAAAAACCCUUGCGAAAAUAAUGGUACUUGUCAAAGCGGUUUUACCGACAAAGGAUAUCGCUGCUUGUGUACUGCCGGAUUCAGAGGUCAAAACUGUAAAAAAGAUGUCAAUGAGUGUAGUGAGGGAUUACACAACUGUAGUGUUGAUGCUGUGUGUAGCAAUAUCAAGGGAUCGUACAAGUGUACAUGUAAAACUGGAUAUUUUGGAGAUGGAAAAGUUUGCAAUGCUUCAUCAUGUAAGGAAGUCUACAAGAAGAGUGGAUUAAACACGAGUGGUGUGAUAACUCUACACUUCGGAUCAGGACCAAAAUCCGUCUUUUGUCACAAGGAAGAUUUUGGAUGCGGAAAUGGGGGCUGGACGCCGGUAAUGAAGAUUGAUGGUAAUAAGCAAACUUUCCACUAUUACUCUUUGUUUUGGAGCAACAUGGCCGAAUACAAUCCGCGAGGAGGCAUGACUGGGUUUGACUCACAGGAGACAAAGCUACCAACUUACUGGAACACAUCCUUCUCAAAGAUCUGUCUCGGUAUGAAGAUCGGCGAAAAGAUCAAAUUUAUUGUAAUCAACAAGCAGGCUGACUCCCUGUACUCACUGAUCGCUGACGGUCAAUACCACUCAACCUCAUUGGGUCGUGACAUGUGGAAGAGACUGAUUGGUUCAGAAGCCUCCUUGCAAACAGAAUGUGGUAAGGAAGGGUUUAAUGUGUACGGCUCUGCCAGCCAUUCCAAAGCAAGAAUCGGCAUUGUUGGUAACGAGCAAAAACACUGCAGGAGCUGUGAUUCUAGGAUCGGUUUUGGGACAGGAGGUACCCCUGACAAUUCUACUACGUGUGGAAACGUAGCUAGACACAAUCCAGGUAAAAACGACAAACACAUCAGAGCAAUGGGAUAUAUCUUGGUACACUAACAAUGAACAGGGUCGAUCAUCCAGCUGGAUAACCUUUAACAUCUUCACGCUAACUGAC